AUGAUCCGAUACAAAGGAGGCACCAUGAUGUACGACAGCGUGGCAACUUUAUUUGGCAGAAUCGCCACUAUUCUAAAUGGUUUCAACCACAAGAACCCCCCGCCAACCAACCUAUCAGACUUGGCAGGAGUAGCGUUCCAAGCCUUCACACAAGAAAUCAAGGACGUUGUUGCUGAACACCUAGAGACAGGAGCAGCAGGACCACUACUUGUGGACUACCCCAGCAACCUGUCUCGAAUGCACCGUCUACACAAUCAAGCAGAGAAAGAAGAGAGGCGCAUCAAGCAACUUGUGGGAAUUGCAAACAGCGCGGGACGAGUCAGGCCAAACAGAAGCUACGUUCCAGGGCUAUCUGCACCGCCAAGUCCAGGAGGAAGAGCUUUUGCAGGAUUCCACCAACAAGAAUUCCAAGGAUUCCAAGACAAUUGCUCCUCCCAAACUCCAACGAUCGAGACAGCCGGAACCUUCCACACUGCAUUGACGCCCACACCAAAGCAAAACGUUCGAGUCACUGACGGACAAGGAAGACAAUUGUUGGUUCCGACACCCAACAGCAAACUAUACUGCCCACAAGCAGCCCUAACAAUGCUAGCAUGCAUGAGUGCUGCCAAAGAAGCACUCAACAUUGAAGAAGAAAGUGACAAACCACCUUUGAUCCGUUGUUGGGGAUGCCAAAGGAUAGGCCACUCUUUCAGAGAAUGCCCCCACAAAGGAGAUCCGGGAGUUAUCAGCCAGUUUGAACAAAGCCUAGAGGACUACAGACUAAAGAGAGAGCAGAGACGACACAAAAGCAAGUUACAAGGAUAG